ACCACCGGCCAUGCAGGAUAAAUAGCCAUGCGCGCCAUUGCCGCAGCCGCCUCAUCCGUUACGACGCCGGCCGUCGUACUCCAUCGCCGCCGGCGCUCUACUUACGUAGCUACAUCGCACAAUGUUGCCAUGGGUGGCGUUGCUGCUGGUCGCGCUGUCGGUGCGGCCGGCCGCGUCGGCCGAUGCCGUGGCGGCGGCGUCCUAUAUUGUGCACAUGGACAAGUCGGCCAUGCCGAGCGGGUUCUCGAGCCACCUGCGCUGGUACGAGUCCACGCUCGCGGUGGCCGCUCCGGCGGCAGAAAUGUUCUACGUCUACGACCACGCGAUGCACGGCUUCGCGGCGCGGCUACCCGAGGAGGAGCUCGACAGGCUCCGGCGCUCUCCGGGGUUCGUGUCGUGCUACCGCGACGACGCGAGGGUGGUGCGCGACACGACGCACACGCCCGAGUUCCUCGGCGUCAGCGCGGCCGGCGGGAUAUGGGAGGCGUCCAACUACGGUGAGAACGUCAUCAUCGGCGUGGUGGACACGGGCGUGUGGCCCGAGAGCGCGAGCUUCCGCGACGACGGGCUCCCCCCGGUGCCGGCGCGGUGGAAGGGCUUCUGCGAGUCCGGCACGGCGUUCGACGCCGCCAAGGUGUGCAACCGGAAGCUCGUCGGCGCGCGCAAGUUCAACAAGGGCCUCAUCGCCAACAACGUGACCGUCGCUGUCAACUCCCCGCGGGACACGGACGGCCACGGCACGCACACGUCGUCCACGGCCGCCGGCUCGCCCGUGUCGGGCGCGUCCUUCUUCGGCUACGCUCGCGGCAUCGCUCGCGGCAUGGCGCCCCGCGCCAGGGUGGCGGUGUACAAGGCCCUGUGGGACGAAGGCUCGUACACUUCCGACAUACUCGCCGCCAUGGACCAGGCCAUCGCCGACGGCGUCGACGUGCUCUCCCUCUCCCUUGGCCUGAACGGCCGGCAGUUAUACGAAGACCCUGUAGCCAUUGGCGCGUUCGCGGCGAUGCAGCGCGGCGUGUUAGUGUCAACUUCGGCGGGCAACGAUGGACCGGACCUCGGGUACCUCCACAACGGCUCGCCGUGGGUGCUCACCGUCGGGUCGGGCACGGUGGACCGGAAGUUCUCCGGCGUCGUCAGGCUCGGCGACGGCACCACCUUCGUCGGUGAAUCGCUAUACCCAGGAACCCCGAGCAGCCUCGGGAACGCCGGGCUCGUGUUCCUCCACACGUGCGACAACGACACGUUGCUCUCCAUAAACCGCGACAAGGUCGUGCUCUGCGACGCCACGGACACGGACUCCCUCGGGUCCGCGAUAUCCGCGGCACAGAACGCGAAGGUGCGCGCCGCCCUGUUCCUGUCGAGCGACCCGUUCAGGGAGCUCUCGGAGAGCUUCGCGUUCCCGGGCGUAAUCCUAAGCCCCCAGGACGCCCCCGCGCUGAUGCAUUACAUCGAGAGGAGCCGCAUGCCCAAGGCGUCGAUCAAGUUCGCGGUGACUGUGGUGGACACGAAGCCCGCGCCGCUGGUGGCGACCUACUCGUCGCGCGGCCCGGCAGCGAGCUGCCCGACGGUGCUGAAGCCCGACCUGUUCGCACCCGGCUCGCUCAUCCUCGCAUCAUGGGCGGAGAACGUGAGCGUCGCGAAUGUUGGUCAGCAGCCACUGUUCGGCAAGUUCAACAUCAUCUCCGGCACGUCCAUGUCAUGCCCACAUGCGUCGGGCAUGGCGGCGCUGCUCAAGGCCGUCCACCCGGAGUGGAGCCCUGCGGCGGUGCGGUCGGCGAUGAUGACGACGGCUAACACGGUGGACAACACCUUCGCUCCCAUCAAGGACAUGUCUGGAGGCGACCAGAAUGGGCCAGCCUCACCGCUCGCUAUGGGGUCCGGCCACAUCAACCCGAACCGCGCCCUGGCCCCGGGCCUGGUCUAUGAAGCCGGGCCGGGCGACUACAUCAAGCUCAUGUGCGCCAUGAACUACACGACCGCGCAGAUCAAGACCGUGGCACAGUCGUUGGCCCCCGUGGACUGCGUCGAUGGGUCACUCGAUCUCAACUACCCGUCCUUCAUCGCGUACUUUGACACGAUCGGAGACAAGACAUUCGCCAGGACCGUGACCAAUGUGGGCGAUGGGCCGGCGAGGUAUAGCGCCACGGUGGAGGGACUAGACGGGUUGAAGGUGAGCGUCGUGCCCAACAGGCUGGUGUUCGGCGGGAAGCACGAGAAGCAGAGAUACACGGUCGUGAUUCAGGUGCGGGACGAGCUAAUGCCCGAGGUAGUGCUGUAUGGAUCAUUGACGUGGGUGGACGACAACGGCAAGUACACGGUGAGGAGCCCCAUCGUGGUGACAACGACGUCUGUGCUAUAGGAUAUGUGCACAGAUCAAUAUACGUGCGUACAUCAUUUUGUUGGAGCACAGGUGGUCGAGCGAGACAAUGAGGCAAGUGAAAGCUUGCGAUCCAACCAAUGACCAUUCACGAAUACACUAUGCUUAUAUGUUUAGUUCAAUUUAUGGAAAUGAUAUGAGACACUUUCCCUUA